GACUGAGCGCGUGAGCAAAGAGAGGAAGUCAGUGUUUCAUCUCCAGCAUUUAUCUCCAUUUACACUUUGUGUUGUUGUUUGUCGUGAGCGCAUUUUGUUGCAAGUACAGCACUUCAAGUUCAGCGUCAGAUGCACGUUUCGAGAAGAACCUUAAAUCAUAGUAAGUGCCCGUUAUGUGACCAAGUGUCUUCUUUUCUGUGUGGACCUCCAUCGUCAGUAAUAGGAGCUUUGCAGCCUGUCAGCUGUUUCAGGGAAAAGUCAUUCCAAUGUCUUUGGUGGAUGAUAUUCUGAAUGUCCUGCACAUGGUGCUGGAGUACUUUGGAGUGUCUCCAGAAAUGCUGGUGCCAGUGUGGGACAGUCAGCUGUGCGGUCAAUACCGCAGCAUUGUGCGGAUGAUCGGGACAAAUCUGCCUCUGACACCAACUCCACGUGUCCACUUCCAGAUCCCUCUGCUAAACUACAAGCCUCAUGGGUCUGUUGAUGUCACCGUGGACGUGCCUGCCAUCCCCUCAUUUGCUGAUGUCCUUUGGGUGUUUAAUGAUGAGGGGGAAACAUUUGCCAAAACCAGGAACCAUCUACCUCCAAAGACGCAAUGUGCCAUAAACCGAGAUGCGGCGAAGUUCCCAGUUGCUGCUCGUACUCAAAUGCAGAGAGGAGGCAGACACACGAAACAGAUGACCGAUCCGGCUGCCCUGAAGAAAAUCACAGCCCUGGAAGACGAGCUCCAGAAACUACGAGCUCAGAUAGCCAUGAUCGUAACUGUAGCUCCUGGGCCAAGUCUGACUCAGUGUCAAAAUACCCCCGGGACACCUCUGAUGUCUCCCCUCACUCGCCCAGUUCUCUGCUCAACACCACGCACUGAUGCAGCUCCACCACCGCCUCCACCACCACCUCCUCCUCUUCCGCCUCCUCCCUGCCCUCGCUCCUCCACUGAGUCUUCAAGUGUAUUAGAACUGAUCCGCAAACGCAAGAAUGUUGACAGAAACGGUGUAAAGGGUCAACUCAAAACUCAGUACCUUGAGAAGGGUUUGGAAAAUAAACACAUCCCAUCCAUGUUGGAUGUUCUCAAAGACUUGACUCAAGUGAAAUUGCGGUCUGUGGAGAGAUCACCAGGGGGCACACCGGUCAGCAGGAGACACAGUAAGGGACAAGCUGCACUUUUCUGUGAUCCAGCAGCUCUGAUUGCAGAUGCGCUGAAGAGAAAGUUCGCCCACCAUCACCACAACAACUCAUCGGACAAAGAGAACUCACUAGAGCUCUCGCCCUUCGGCAGCCCAGAAACACCGAAGGUUCCUCAGCUGAGCAGACGCAGUCAGGGACGUCUCCACCUGAUGGCGCGUUGAAAGGAGAAGUUCCUACCGAAAGCGGUCAAGUGUUGGAGAGAUUGUCGGCAAAUCGUCGGCUCCCACAGAAAUGCACACAUAACUGCAGCUACUGAUAAACUUUCCUGUUGUUUCUAAUAAGUCCAGUCUUUGGCUUGUUACUGUUACGUUUUCUCUGACGCAAGUUUGCGAUUUUAAAAGCCAAUGCAAGGACGGUACAGAAGGGGUGUUUAUGUUAAGAUGAGACCAAUGUUUUUAUUGUUUAUAUGUUUAAAGCUUUUGUUUAAAGACUUGAUGUUCGCUCAUGCACUGUAGCUCUCAGCUACUCGUUCACUGUUUCCAGUAGCAGUUGUGGAGCACUGAAUGUAGCUCGGCAAACUGAAACAAAUAAACGUUUUUAAUAUUCACAUGGUUUUUCUUCUAUGCAACUGCUGGUUCAGAUUCAGUGCACUGUUUUAAUGUUUUAUCAACACUGUUUUAUUAUGUUCACUGAAUUUUUCUUUCCAACCCAUUCAGAAGGGAGUAAAUAAAUAAAUAAUUCAAAGUUAUUGCCAUAAAAGGCUCAGAUUACCUGGUGUCAAUGCGCAAUAAAGAAAAAGAAAAAAA